AUGACAGUUCUCUCAAAGCUGAGUGGAAGGGCGCUUUACGAAGCUAUUGGGAAGCCCAAGACGAUUGUUGCUCCCAUGGUUGACCAGUCUGAACUUGCCUGGAGAAUUUUAAGUAGAAGAUAUGGAGCUGAUCUCUGUUAUACUCCAAUGUUCCAUGCAAAGCUCUUCGCCACCCAGGAAAAAUACAGAAAAGACAUGAUGUCAGAGCUAGACGGAGAUGAAAAGGUUGACCGCCCAUUAAUUGUUCAGUUCUGUGCCAAUGAUCCAGAGUAUCUGCUGCAGGCAGCUAGGCUUGUCGCCGAUAAAUGUGAUGCUGUAGACCUCAAUCUGGGCUGUCCACAGGGAAUCGCCAAGAAGGGAAACUACGGCUCGUUUCUAAUGGACGACUGGAAACUAGUCCAUAGACUCAUAAAACAUCUUCACGAGAAUUUGUCAAUUCCAGUUACUGCCAAGAUUCGUGUUUAUGAUGAUAAGGAAAAAUCUCUGGAAUACGCCAAAAUGGUAUUAGAUGCAGGAGCUCAGUUUUUAACGAUACAUGGUAGAACAAGAGAAAUGAAAGGCCAACAGACCGGCUUGGCAAACUGGGAAACGCUAAAGUACAUCCGAGAUAACUUGCCAGACGACACUGUCUUCUUCGCCAAUGGUAAUAUCUUAUACAGUGACGAUCUGGGUAGAUGUUUGGAGAAAGUGAAUGCUGAUGCAGUAAUGUCAGCGGAAGGCAAUCUGUUCAACCCUGGAGUGUUUUGGACUGCCACUGAAGAUAAAGAGAAACAGUUCCCUAGGUUGGACAGGAUUGUCCGUGAAUAUUUUGAGGUCCUGAAAACCACUCCAGGAUAUGCAUCAAGGAAGGCCCUUAAAUCGCAUCUUUUCAGAUUGUUAAGAACCUUUCUUCCCAUCCACACAGAUGUCAGAGCAGAAAUUGCUGCUAUUCAUAAAGGGACUACACUCGAUGAAAUAGAGGAGAAAGUAGUCCGAAAAAUUGAAUCAAUAGUAGAGUCAAUCUUCGGACAGGAAGACAUCGAGGAGCUCGAUUCGAUAAAGGAUGGACCUAUAGAGUUUUGGGGAGGAUCUUACAAGGAAGUGCCGUAUUGGCGAUGCCAACCUUAUUUCCGCCCAGUUGACGGCAUAUCCGGAAAGGAAGUGGUAAAGAAAUUGAGCGAAAAAAAGCGACCUCAAGCGGAAACUCCAAGUGAAGAAGUCCUAAAAAAGAGAAAGCAAGAGUAG